AUGAGUGUCCAAGACCUUGCUCGUUCCCUUGUUUCCGCUGGCUCAAUCAAGCUCCCAGGUGAUGAAGGUGGAGGGAUUUAUAUCCUAAGUGUGAGAGAUGGAGACCUCGUCGAGAAGUACUGGGUGGGCGACGCGGUAGAAAACGAGAAUAUCAUUGCUUCAGGCGUAAGGAAUGAUACUUCGGCUUCAUAUCUGCCCAGCUUUGAGCAAAUGCCUCGCCUUGUUAUUUUCAUUGACCAGGAUAACUCUGUGCGAUGCUAUGCAUACGACGAGGAUAUGGAAGAGUGGGAAGAGACUCCACUUGGUAACAAAUGGAACAUUACGACCAGCUCAAAGAGUAAGCUGAGUGCAAUCAUCGGCCCAGAGGGAGAGAUGGUAGUCUCUUACCAGGACGAAACCGACCGUCUAUCCGUCAUAAUUAGUACGGGCGAGGAUGGGUGGACUUCCUUCGGACCCCUUGAUGGCGAUCCCAUCGUGGGAACACCCCAGUGCCUGGAGAUUAUUAACGAUAAGCUUCAUCUCUUCUACGUGAAUAAGGGAUCCGGGAUUGGUUACCUAGUUUUCAACUCCAGUACCGGCAGCUGGAAAGCUAACGUGCUUGAAAACACCAAGUUCAGCACUGCCAUCGAUAAUUUUAGCGUUGCCGAAGACCUCGAAACUGGCUCUCUCCAGAGCUACUUCCUUACUGAUGGUUCUUUAUGGAGUGUCAGUGGAGACAAAGAAAAGACGUUCUUGGGCGAGCGACAAAAUAGCCUAGAUCUUGCUAUCUACGUAGCUAUGGGAAACGAUAAACAGCAAGACUUCAUAGAUUUCGAUCUCGAAAACUACCAGGUCCCUAUACAAUACUGGCAUUCUACUCAACGAAGAGAUGAGACAUAUGUAACCGAGCGGUUUGGAAUAGACCUAUCCACACCAGCACGCCGGUGGGAAAAUUGGGUGGUUAAACUGACCUUCGAGAAGCUUGGAAGUGAAAAACAUGGUAGUGGUUUCUAUGUCAAUGUUCCUAAUGCCUCCUACGAUAUAAUUCUCACAGCUGGACACAACCUCGUUGACAAACCAGAACACUACUGUUCUAAUAUUAAGAUUGUCCAAGACCCUUUCGAGAAGAAGGAUAUUGACGUACAACCGGAAAUGAUUCGUGUUUGCCGGAGGUAUUUCGAGGAUCCUGACGAGCUGAAUGAAAUCUACGACUAUGGGGCUAUCCUUCUAAAACGAUCCCCAUCUAAGCGACAUCGUGGCUUUGGAUUUCAUCUUAUGUUAGGCCUCGCACCACAACUAGGAGAAGGCGCAGCUUAUACCGAAGAUGAAGGUAAGGACAUUCUCCGGGAUCAUAUGGUGUAUGUCUGCGGAUAUGCACCCGAAGACUUGCCGCCUGAUAAAUCGCCGCGAAGAUCGGAGGGCAGAUGUAUUGGAACACUCUUACAUCAACUUCGCUACGAUGCUAAUACUAAACCGGGGAUGAGCGGUGGACCUGUCUGGGUGGGGUUUCGUGGGGUUGAGACAAUUGUAGCAAUUCACAAUGUCUGGCGCGACAUAUUUAAAUGGCUUAAUGUUGGUUGGCAUGGAAAAUCACUUCAUUGCUGUAACCCUUCAACCUACAGUAUGCACCUUCAUUUGCCACAGAAAAAUAUUACCACACCCAACGAGGGUCGGGUCCGGGUAGGCAAGCCUGGUAAGGUGGAAACGUUAUUUGAUGUUGUACCUGUGGCCGCGAGACCAACUGUCAAAGACUCAAAUGCUGGCUACGGAUUUCUUCUGAGGCCAGUAGGCCUUAACGUGAAAGAUACAUGGCCUGCCAGCGUUACAUCUCCUUGGGUGCGAUGGGAUCCUAAGAAGAACAAAGUCUCUCGUUCGAACCGCUUCAAUGCGCAGUGCGAAGUCAAGCUCCCUGGGCUGAUUAUAAAGCCAGAGAAGCCCUUUGAAAUACAAACACAGGAGGGAGAUGGUUGGAAGCAAGUACAGAUGGAAAUGAGAUUUCUUGACGAGGGGGACCUCGAGCUGUUAGAAGAAGACCCCCAGAGUUUCGAGGAUACAUCUGAGAUUUCAUUCGGAUCCAUCACCAAGAACAAGAACAAGAACAAGCUAUUCCAAUUCAAAUAG